AUGACGAUCAACGCGGUGCUCGAGGCGGACCUGCGCUCCAUUUCCGCUGAGGCUCGCCGGCGAUUCCCCGCCGUGAAGGACGCCGCGGAACGUGGAAUCCUCAAGCUGCGUUCUCUGGCAGGUCCCGAAGCCAUUUCAAGAAGUGAUGAAUUAUUGCGAAUCUUCCUGCUGGCGUGCGACACAAGGCAGCCGCGGCUGUGCGCCUUGGGAUUGUCGUGCGUGCAGAAGCUGGUGGCCAACAACGCAGUGCCGCCUGCUGCCUUACCGGAUAUAUUGACCACGCUCAGAGAGCACGCGGACGGGUCAGAGGAGGCGGUGCAGCUGAAGGUGCUGCAGACAGUGCUGACAGUGCUGCAGUCGCAGCUGCACCCCAAAGAUGAGGAGAGCAUGGCCAUCAUCCUUGGCAUCUGCCUUCGCCUUGCAGGCAGCACUCGGCAGCUGGACUGUGUUCACAGCACGGCCACAGCAACGCUGCGGCAAGCCAUAGCGCUCAUCUUCGACAGAGCUGCCAGCAGCGAGGGCCUGCCGGUGCAAUCUGCCCCCCGCCAGGCCAACCGUGUGUGGAACACCUCCGAGCCGGGCGACAUCAGCCGCAUCGUCAUGGCCUCCAGGGCGACGGAGGGCGAGGGGGCGGGGCGGGGGGUGGGGGAGGAGCUGGAGACGGUGGUGCUCAAGGAGCGUGUGGACGACCUCUCACCCGCAGCCCGCAUGGGCCUCCGCCUGCUCGAGGAUCUCGCCGCUCUCGCUGCGGGCCAACAGGCGCAGUGGCUGCACGUGCCGUCACUGCAGCGCACGUUCGCCCUGGAGAUGCUGGAGUACGUCGUGUCCCACUAUGCCACGCUCUUCCGCCGCCUCACUCCCUACCAGCAGGUGCUGCAGCACAAGCUCUGUGCACUCGUGAUGACGUCACUGCGCUCCACAGGCUCUGAGGAGGGGGAUGUGGGCGAGCCAGGGUACCGGCGGUUGGUGCUGCGCUGUGUGGCCACUCUCGUGCGGCAGCACCACGCUCAGCUCACCACUGAGUGCGAGGUGUUUCUGCUGAUGCUGGUGAAGAGCGUGGACCAGGACCUGCCUCUCUGGCACCGCAUCCUCGUGCUUGAAGUGCUCCGGGGCUUCUGCGUGGAGCCAGGGACCCUUCAACUCAUAUUCAACCUGUUUGACAUGCAGCCGGGCAACAGCAGCAUAGUGGAGGAGAUGGCAGUGGCGCUGGCACACGUGGUGCAGAGCGUGCAGGUGCCGGACUCCAGUGAGGAGAGUCUAGCUGCAGUUGCCGGCAUGUUCAGCAGCAAGGCCAGAGGGGUGGAGUGGUCGAUGGACUUUGACUGGGCGGGCAACGCAGUGGUGGCGGCCAGUGAGGCGCACUCCAUAACGCUGGCGGUGGAGGGGCUGCUGGGCAUCGUCUUCACCAUCGCUCUGCUCACCGACGAGGCCAUGGAUGACUCACACCCGCACUCCGCCUCACCUCCCAAGUCCCCUCUCGCACCGCGCAAGCAACCUGAUGCUCAGACCGUUGCCCAGGGCGGUGGGGCUGCUGCAACAGACGGUGCUUCAGGGGUUGGUGGGCGCCAGGGUGAGGAGGGGGCAUCACCUGUAAGCCCUCCCUCCCCACGGGUGCCAGGCAAGCACCCUGCCUUGCUGGCUGAGUCCGACUCCCAUGCGCCCUCCCCAGGGCUCACUCGCGGCCUGCUGGCCCUGCUGGGCGGCAUGCAGGAGGAGGGCGAUGGGAGCGAGUGGGUGAAGAAAGGAGCUCAGGAUGAUGAGGAUGCGGAGAGCAGGGGCGGCAGUGCAGAGGGGCGGGUGCGCGGAGCACUGGAGGAGCUGUGUGUGCGCAUGGUGGAUGCCGUGUGGAAGACCGUCCUCGAUGCUCUCUCCAUCAUUCUUGCCCGGUCACAGGGCGAGGCUGUCAUUCUGGAGAUUCUUAGGGCAUACCAGGCGUUCACCCAGGCAUGUGGCGCGUUGGACCUGGUGGACCCGCGGGACGAGUUCCUCGCAUCGCUGUGUCGCUUCACCCUCGUCGCCUCGCCAUCCAUGACCACCAUGGCGCCCCCCGGCCAGCCCUUUGACUCCGACCGCUUCCAACUGCCCUCCUCCCCGUCAAGCGCGUACCUGUCGCCCAUGAGGUCGCUGGAUGCACUGCUGGGCGUGGAGUCACGGGGGGACCUGCUCGCCUCUACCAUGGGCUCCGCUGCUACCGCCUCUGCUGCUGCCCUGGGGCAGGGCGUGCCCGUGCUCACCCCCAAGAACAUGCAUGCCCUGCGCACCCUCUUCAAUGUCUCCCACCGCCUCUGCGCCGUGCUUGGACCGUCCUGGGAACUGGUGAUGGAGACUCUGGCUGCCCUCGACCGCACCAUCCAUUCGCCAUACGCCACCAGCCAGGCAUGUAGCAUGGCCAGGCAUGACGUAUCCACAUCAGCAUCAACGCCAUCAGCAGGGUCGCGCGGGUCCAAGGAGCUCACAGGCGCGCCCUCCUCACUGCAGUCCGACUUCUCCGUGCUCGCCACCCUCGAUGCACAGGUACGUAUGCCUGCCACCCUCGAUGCACAGGUACGUAUGCCUGCCACCCUCGAUGCACAGGUACGUAUGCCUGCCACCCUCGAUGCACAGGUACGUACGUAUGCUGCCACCCUCGAUGCACAGGUACGUAUGCCUGCCACCCUCGAUGCACAGCCAUUAGUCAGUGAGUUCACUUGUUGCCACCCCAUCCACCCCAUGCCGUCAUGCCACCACCACGACACUGCCCGCCACCAGCUGUUCCAGAGCACGGCCCACAUGGACACCCCAGCCGUGCUCGCCCUGCUGGCGGCCCUGCGAGUCGUGUCCAACCGCGCGCUGCACUCCGUCACCACCGGCCUCGGCAUCGCUGCCUCGGGCUCCUCUGCUGCUGCUGCCGCCGCUGGCACGUCUGCUGCUGCUGCGGCGGUGGCGUCUCCUCUCACCACGGGCGCGCUGCCGUCCACGCUCAAGAUGUUUGCCGUGGAGCGCAUGCUCUCUGUGCUCACCCACAACAUGCACCGUGAGUCCUCACCCACUCAACAAGUGCGGUGCAGCGUAUGA